AGAGCAACUUGCGAGGCUUUGAUUGGCUCAGAGGUUGCUGCCCGCUUAUUGGUUGUCAUGGGUCGUCACGGAGACUGAGGGGGUUGGGCAAAGAAGGGUGUUGGGCCUGGCGGGAGUGCAGAGGGUUGCGGGCGGCUGGGUUGCUCCCCUGGGCGGUGUCCGGGGAGCUGUUGGCAGAGUCAUCCUGGGUCCCCGCCGCCCUCUGAGAGGUGUCUGAGCGAGUGGGAUCUAAUAGCAAGACCCUUAGGCCGCACCAUGGGCUGCUGCUUCACUAAGAGGAGGAAGAGUGAAAAGACUGAGGGAGAGGAGGAGCAGCCCAAGCUGUACAGCUGGGACCAGCGGGAGAAGGUUGAUCCAAAAGAUUACAUGUUUAGUGGACUGAAGGAUGAAACAGUAGGUCGCUUACCUGGAAAAGUGGCAGGACAACAAUUUAUCAUUCAAGACUGUGAGAACUGUAACAUCUAUAUUUUUGAUUACUCAGCUACCAUUACCAUUGAUGACUGCACUAACUGUGUAAUUUUUUUGGGACCAGUGAAAGGCAGUGUGUUUUUCCGAAACUGUAGAGAUUGCAAGUGCAUGGUGGCUUGCCAACAAUUUCGUGUGAGGGACUGUAGAAAGUUGGAAGUCUUUUUGUGCUGUGCUACUCAACCCAUUAUUGAAUCUUCCACAAACAUCAAGUUUGGCUGUUUUCAAUGGUACUACCCUGAAUUAGCAGCCCAAUUCAAAGAUGCAGGCCUCAGUAUCUUCAACAACAUCUGGAGUUAUGUUCAUGAUUUUACACCCGUGUCAGGAGAGCUCAACUGGAGCCUUCUUCCAGAAAAUGCUGUAGUUCAAGACUAUGUUCCUAUUCCAGUGACUGAAGAAUUCAAAGCUGUGCGAAUUUCCACAGAAGCCAAUAGAAGCAUUGUUCCUGUAUCCCGGGGUCAGAGACAGAAGUACAGUGAUGAAUCAUGUCUUGUGGUAUUAUUUGCCGAUGAUUAUACAACUGCAAAUGCCAGGAAACUAAUUGAUGAGAUGGUUGGUAAAGGCUUUUCCCUAGUGCAGACAAAGGAAAUGUCAAUGAAAACUGAAGACGCCCAAAGGGUUUUCCAGGAAAAGGCAUCAGAUUUUUUACUUCUUCUAAACAAAGGUCCCGUGAUUGCCUUGGAAUUUAAUGGAGAUGACGCUGUACAAGAAUGUCACCUUAUUGUAAAUGGGAUAUUCAACGGGACAAAGAUGUUUGUAUCAGAAAAGAAGGAGACCGCAUCUGGAGAUGUUGAUAGCUUCUAUAACUUUGCUGAGAUCCAGAUGGGGAUAUGAAGCGGAUUGUGGUAUUAAGCCCCUUCUAUCCUUUAUAUACAGACAGUUUGAUAAUAUACUUACAUAUGUUAGUCAUUUAGCAAUUAGGAAUUUUUACUGAUGCUAUAAUUGUUAAAAGCUAUUUUAAAAUAACUUUUUAAAUACCAUAUCAGUUACUUGAGUAUCUAAAAUAAUUCAUUUAAAUUGAGUAGUUUUAAUCAUCUUAUAAACUAUUUAACUUGCUUCAAUAAGCUUACAGUUUUAUUUCUUAUUAGGAAAUAUUCAUGAUUUUAUUCCUAAUUAAAAGUUCUUUCAUAUCUCUGGUAAUUUAAACUUUCCAACUUACCUUAGUGCUCUAUGAUAAUUCAUUUAAGAAUAUAUUUUGUUUCUUAUUUUCUCUUUUAAUUUAGAGGAAUUUGUUACUAGGUGAAAUUAAAUAAACCUAUGCACUUUAAAAAA